UAACCGGGUACAACCAGCCAGGCUUAAAGGGAACAUUUCGUCUUGAAUUCGGAGCGGCGGUUAUAACGGAGCGAGCCGAGGUGUGAAAAAGCUACGCAAACAUGAGCGACAAGGGGACAGUCUCACCGAAGGAGAAGGAGGCGACAGAGAAGAGGGGGCGUGGAAGACCCCGCAAGCAGCCCCAGGUAAAGACCACUGACGAGCCAAGUGGGUCCCCGACUCCAAAGAGGCCCAGAGGACGGCCGAAGGGCAGCAAAAACAAGACAACCGGCAAGGGCAAAAAGGCAUCAGCAGCCCCGUCUGAAGGGGGGAAACGCAGGGGAAGACCUAAGAAGGAGGAGAAGGAAGAAAAGGCGUCCCAGGAAUCAUCUGAGGAGGAGGAGGAGGAAGAAGAGGACCAGUAAUUCACAACGCAUGCUACCUCACUCAACAUACUGACUUACUGUUAACCAGAACUGGGCUGUAUCUCCAACACCAGUGCCACCACAUGACCACUGUUCACGACAAAGCCCUCUUCGCCUGAAGGAGGGUUAAACACAGUACAAAUAUCAUGCAACAGCACUGGAUAGAACGAUGGACCUUGCUCAAGCAUAGAUCUAAGAAUUACAUGAAAGGUAACAGCCCUUUUCUCUACAUGUCAUGUUAUCACAAGUCUUUUAUACUGGACAAAGGUGUGCUCAAAGGAGCCUGGACGUUUCCAUUUUUUCCCCCCGAAAGAUGGUUUGUAGGACAUUCUCUCUGCUUAAUGUUACUUAUUUGUUGUACCCGCAUCUGAGAUGGUAGGGCAUAUAGAUUUAUCCAUGUUUUGUACUGGACAAAGGUGAAUUUUACCUAUACUUGCUGUUUGUUUUCUUUCUUUUUUUGUUGUUUGUGUGAAGUGGUUAACCUAUCCUUUGCAUCGUAUUAUAGAUGGAGUUGAGCUUCAGCUUUUAGGAUGAAUUUAGGUGACUGAUGGUAGAAGUGUUUUUUCCAUUUCUAACCUGCAUAACUGAUUUUGCCCCUCCCCCCCUCCUCCUGCUCACCAGUAAAGCAGAAUCACCUUUACAACCCCUCCCCCCUUCUGUAGGAAAGUUCAGAUUUACUUAUGCUUCUCAAACUUCCUUCGCGGUCCUCAGCGUGUAGAGGGGAGAUGUAAAGUAUAUCGUUAGUAAUCAGAAUAGUCUGAUCAGACUUACUGUUUUGUUCCUUCGGGUUACAUACGUUUAAAAAAAACAUGAGUGUGCUGCUUUUCAUGUUAUAAUAAAACUCAAAUCUUUUUGGUAUAAUGUGUGUUUUUAAGGAUAGCGUCGGCAGAGUUCAAGGCUGAGAGCAUCAGUGUCGUUUCUUCAGGGAGCUUUUACAAAUGCUGUUACAUUGGCGUCUUUGUCUUCACAUGGUCCUCAGUUUCCAAGCGCUCACUCAAUCACUCGCAAAGGCAAAUUGCAAUUCGUCAAACAAGGAGUUUGAUUGUAAUAGAGGAUAGCUGGUGGCACUACUAUCCAACAGGGCUGUACGUUUUUUUUUUUUUUUUCUUUCAUUCCAUCUAGCUCUCAACUGCUUCACCUCGCUUGGGCUUUCUGUCAUCACAUAGUACAGUAAUAUACUUUCUUAGUCUUUUUGAAGAUGUGUGUUGUAUGCUGUCUGCUACAGGAAAAAAGAUGUUUGUAUUUCUAAGUGUCAGGGAACCCGCGGUCACAGUCCACUUAACUGGGUUUUUCCACACACCUAAGCUGCUACAACCUCAGUUACGAAACCCGGAAAACUGCAAACAGGCGAUACAAGGCCUGGGAUUUCAUACCUCACUCAACAGCUUACUUUACCAUAUAAUUGCAUUUAACUGGUUUUCUGUUGUUUUAAAUGUAACCUCUGGCAUGAGUUGGAAAGAUGUCGUUAUUACAAAGUUAUGUGUUUUGUUUUGUUUUUUGUUUUAACCUGGCUGUAAUGAGGUAUCUAAGAUAUCAAGUUUGUGAUUGUGCGUGUGCAUACGCAGCACAUCGUGGCUCAUUCAUAACCGGAGCUUGCAGACAGGUUGUAUUAAAUGUGUGAAGCAAGUCAGGGAGACCUGUCAGCUUGACGACUGUGUUCGCUGACUGUGGUAGAUUAGCAGGUGUGUUUUUAUCCGUUGAAAAAUAAUUCUUCUGGUGCACUGAAAUAUUGGUUCAGAUUUUCAUGGACAAAUGUUUGUGUGUUUGUGAUAGACUGGCCGCUCUUUCCACUUAACUGUUCUGUUGGCCACAGUGUGUUUGGCACUACCACACACAGCCCACCCUCGCCAUACUCAUACAACGGUCAAUUCAUGUCUUUUUCAACAUCCUCCAACUACUCUUGACAAUAUCAGUGUCAUUUUACAUACUGACAUCUUGCAUCUGUUCAUUUAUAUACUGUAAACUCAACAGGAUGGGAUCAUUUUUAAUGUACACCAUAUAUAAAUGUACAAUGUCUAUAUUUUCUAUGGUGCCCUACAAUUUGUAUCAGAAA